AUGCCGGCUCUUUUAGAUCUCGAUAUUCAGUUUGAUGACGGCUUUACUCUUAAUGAGGAGCCUCUCAAGAAUUGGGAUUGUACUGUUCUCGUGGACUUUACGGCCCUGCCAAGUCUUUCCAGAUUGGGCCUUGAACACUUACAUCUUGGUAAUAUGAUAUUUUGCGGCCACCCGGAUUCUCUCAGGACAUUCGAGGUCAAUCUUUCCAAGGGUGAAUUGAGCGACAUUCUCAGCAUAAUUGGAAUCAGACUCGAACAACUCAUCGUGGGCUGGUCUCACGUCACAUGCCAGGCCCUGACUGUUGAUUUAUUAUCCCUGAAGAAGGUUCAUCUGAAGGAUUCGAGUGGCAUCUUUCCUUUUCUGCUCGAAAACGAACUCCCAGCUCUGGAAGAAAUUAUUUUGGAGACCCCCUUUCAGGGAGAGUUUGGGGGAUUCGACUUUCGCCGUGCCUUCUCAGAUGAUAAUAAAGCUCGGCCGGACGUGAUGCAAUGGACCAAGAACAAUGGGUCAUUGGCUUCAUUCUUUCAUUUAGGUAAACAAAUACCUUGCGGAGAUUCUAGUGACUCCUAUAGUUUGGUCGAUCAGAUCUUAUGGACAGCGAAAUAG